AUGUAUAAGCAGAUUUCACAUGGCAGAGAUGGCAGAUGGCAGAUUGUAGAGAACUUCUACCUCCGACCCAACAAGGCUGUUCUGCCGCAGGUCGUAUGUAAUCAGACACGAUGCGACUGCACUGGCCUGAAGGGAGAUAGAGGUGACCCAGGUCCUCCGGGUAUACCUGGCGCACAAGGAGAAUAUGGGGAUGAUGGACCCGAAGGACGUGAGGGCAUAAUAGGAGAAACAGGUGACUGGGGCGAACGAGGGGACGCAGGAGAUAAAGGUGAACGGGGUGUCGAUGGGCCGUAUGGACCACGAGGAUUUACCGGACCACAGGGACCUCCGGGCUUCGAAGGAAUUAGAGGCAUAGUCGGUUUAGACGGAUGCAGUGGAGUUGAUGGCGCAAUAGGCCUACCAGGGCCUCAGGGUAUACCUGGGGAUAGAGGUAUACCAGGACCGUACGGGGAGAAAGGAGCACAAGGUUUAGCUGGAGAAGGAGGUGUCAACUCACAGGGUGCAAAAGGUGCACAAGGUGAUUAUGGGCGACCUGGCGCACCUGGUUCGCCUGGGCCACCAGGUUGGAUUGGAGACAGUGGCCCCCGCGGUGACACAGGCGAUCAGGGGCCAAUGGGCUCUCCUGGUACACCAGGAUAUCGAGGAGACACCGGUGAGGAUGUAGUGGGCCCACCUGGUGAAAAAGGAGACCAGGGGGAAAUCGGUAAACCUGGCAGACCAGCUCAAAUCAUUUACAUUGACCAAGUCCAACAAAAUGUUACGAUCCUUGCAAAAGGCAACAGAGGUGAAAAGGGCCUACGAGGACAACAAGGUGUCAAAGGUAUCAAAGGAGAACUCGGAUCUACAGGCAGACCGGGAGCAUACGGUAUGCACGGGCCCCAAGGUUAUAAAGGAGACCAAGGCGACAAUGGUCCGAGAGGAAAACCCGGUCAUAGGGGACUUGAAGGACCAGCUGGUCCUAAAGGUGAUAAGGGAGCGCCUGGUUAUGCUGGUUUGGAUGGUGAAGAUGGGCUACCGGGGCCGUUAGGAGAAGAUGGACGACCUGGAAUACCUGGUGAACAAGGUUUUAUGGGAGAACCUGGAAUAUAUGAUGAAACACUAAAUGAACCAUUGAAACCAGGUUCAAUGGGUCCUCAAGGGCCUGUGGGUCCACCUGGUCGAAUAGGUAACCCUGGUAACGAUGGUGCUCCAGGAUUACCUGGAAUCGUAGGUUUGCCUGGCGUGCCAGGAAUUAAAGGUCUUCCUGGACGACCCGGUGUAAUGGGAAUAUCUCCAAAGGGUGAACCGGGCAAUGAUGGAUUCAAAGGAUUACCAGGGCAACGAGGGCCACAAGGAUUCUCUGGUUUAUUAGGGCCUAUGGGCCCUAAAGGGUUUAAAGGUGCUGUCGUUGUUGGUCUAGACGGUGACGAAGGUACACCAGGUUUAGAUGGAGCACCUGGUUUACGAGGAGAAAGAGGAGAUAAUGGUUUCAUGGGUCAACCUGGAUUUCCUGGACGAGGAGUUCAUGGUGUAGGCCCUCCAGGAGAAGAUGGGCCUCCAGGACCCCCAGGUCAAACUGGUGACCCAGGAAUACCUGGACGCCCAGGAUUUCAUGGCCUGAAAGGUGAACGGGGAGAUGACUGUCCGAUCUGUAAAUCAGGCCUUCCGGGUCCUAAAGGACAAAGAGGGGAUGAUGGAUUUUCGGGACAGAAAGGGUUUCCCGGUUUUGAAGGUUUACCGGGACCUCGUGGUAAAAAAGGGUUCCCAGGAUCGCCUGGCAUACCUGGGCAAAAAGGUAUUAAAGGCAACAGAGGCCAAUCGGGUAUGGCUGGACCUCAAGGUCUCAGAGGACGUAAAGGACGUUUAAUUAACCCACCAUACGCCCUUACCAUAGCGGAAAGAGGACCUAGGGGAUCACCAGGUUUCAUUGGAGACGCUGGCCUACCUGGUGAUGCCGGGUGGCCUGGCCCCCCUGGCGAUUAUGGUUUACCGGGAAUCAAAGGUCGAACAGGAAACGAUGGAUUUCCUGGUUUACCGGGCCGAAAUGGAACACAUGGACGUGAUGGAAUGCCAGGAAGACCAGGAUUAAAUGCAGAUAUACCUUAUGCCUUCCUUAUUGGAGAAAAAGGAGAGCGGGGUCUCAAAGGGGAAUUUGGAGAGCCUGGCGAUGACGGUUUAAAAGGAGAAAGUGGUGACGCUAUUGGAUCUGAAAUCAACUCAAAAGGGUCUAAGGGAGAUAUUGGUCCUGUAGGACCAAUAGGUUUGAAGGGACGUAAAGGUGAAGUAGGUGAAAUGGGCUACGACGGUAUACCAGGAUGGAGAGGUGACGAAGGUGACAUUGGUAUAUCUCUCCCUGGAGCGGUCGGUACAAGAGGAUUUCCAGGAGAAAAGGGAGAUGUCGGGCCUUACGGUGAACCUGGAAAUAGAGGUAUUCAGGGUCCUGACGGCUUCUCCGCUGAGAAGGGCAAGAAAGGUUCUAGAGGAGAUGUUGGAUUGGCAAUUAUUCUCGGAGAAAGAGGUAUUGAUGGUGGCCCCGGUGAGAUUGGAGAUGUGGGUGAACCGGGAUAUCCUGGAUCACCAGGUAUAGCAGGUGCCAUGGGACUGAAGGGUGAGACCGGACUACCUGGUGAUGAUGGGCCACAAGGGCCUUCUGGACCACCUGGUCGCAAAGGAAUACAAGGUAUUGUAGUACAAGGAGCUCCAGGUAUUCCAGGAUAUCCUGGACAAAUGGGUGCAAUUGGAAAUAUUGGUGAGCCAGGUCUUCAAGGCUACAAUGGGCUACAAGGAGAUACAGGGCCUAAAGGAACGAAGGGAGAGUUUGGUGGAAUUGGCCCAAGAGGUUUAACUGGAGAACGCGGAUAUUCAGGAUUUCCUGGUUUUCCGGGCUUGUUGGGUCGACCUGGGAUAAUUGGACAAGUAGGUGACCGAGGUGAAACGGGUGCACCAGGAUACCCAGGUUCACCAGGCAGACCUGGUCUAAUUGGCCCUAGGGGAUUCAAAGGCAAGGUUGGUGAUGUGGGUCCACCGGGUGCAGUUGGAUUGGAUGGAUGGCCCGGUAUUAAAGGUGAUAGAGGUGAUAUCGGCCUUUCUGGUCUUCAAGGCAUGAAAGGAGAAGAUGCUUUAGAGGGUAUGAGAGGAGACUCCGGAGAACCAGGCCGUGAUGGCAUCCCAGGAAGACCUGGCUUGCCUGGACUAAGAGGAGAAAAAGGUGACUGGGGAAAUCCUGGUGAAAAUGUUAAGGGUUUCGAUGGUGCAAAAGGUCAAAGAGGAGAUCAAGGUGCACCAGGAUUUUUAGGAUUUAAUGGACUGAAAGGUUCGGUGGGUGAGCAUGGUUUGCCUGGUUAUUACGGUGAAAUUGGAGAUAAAGGAUAUCCAGGAUAUCCCGGCUUACCUGGACGACAUGGGUUUGAUGGAGUUAAAGGAAGACCUGGUCCCACGGGAAUUCCAGGUUUAGCCGGAUUCAAAGGUGAUAUGGGUUUAGAAGGAGAACCUGGAAGAAUAGGUGUUCCUGGUAUCCCAGGUGACAUUGGUCCUAUGGGACCAACGGGAUUGAGAGGUCCACCAGGUGUAAAAGGGGAAAGAGGAGAAAUUGGCCUCAGCGCUUACUCUCCAGCCACCAAAGGAGACAUAGGAGAUUUCGGAAUGGACGGUUUGACGGGUACCCCAGGUUCAAUCGGUGAGCCUGGUAUUUAUGGUUUUACGGGUAUAAAAGGAGAACGAGGAGAUGAGGGACUUCGAGGAGAAAUCGGAGAAGAAGGUUUUCCAGGUCUUCGAGGAUAUAGAGGAGACGUGGGUCCACCUGGAAUGCCUGGAUUAGAUGGGAUUAAUGCUGAAAAAGGAGACGCCGGUAAACCAGGAGUAGAUGGGUUGCCUGGCUGGCCAGGAAAUAUGGGACAAAAGGGUGCUCCUGGAGAAUAUGGAAUUGAUGGACCUGAAGGCUUGGCUGGACAACCUGGUUUAAGUUUUGUAGGGCCUAAAGGAGUACCUGGAAUGGAUGGACGGCCAGGUAAGCGGGGAAACAUGGGUACACCAGGAGCGCGUGGUAUGGAAGGGGUUCCUGGGCAAAUGGGAGUUAAAGGUGAUGUUGGUGAGCCUGGGUUUGCAAUCAGUCCAAAAGGCGAAACAGGAGCUCCUGGGGUACCAGGUUUUCAUGGAAUGAAAGGCGAACAAGGAGAAGCAGGCGAUUCAGGUCGUGACGGGUUUCCGGGAGCAUUUGGCCUUAGAGGUUUAAAAGGUUACAUUGGUGAUGAGGGCGAACCAGGGCUGCUAGGUUAUCCUGGACUUAAAGGAAUGAAAGGAGAUAAAGGAGAUGUUAUUCUGCCAUCAGAAGUUAGUCCUGGGCUACCAGGUGAACCAGGUCCGGUCGGAUUUACUGGACGCCCUGGAGAGCGUGGUAAACCUGGAGAAUUUGGUGAAAAUGGGAUUCCUGGUAUUAAAGGUGAACAAGGAGAUAUCGGUAAUGUGGGUAUACCUGGGCCUUCAGGUUCACAAGGUGAACAAGGCCGCAUAGGAUUGAAGGGCUUCAUAGGACUAGAUGGCAUACGCGGUAACCCUGGUUUGCCAGGACUACCAGCUCCGCCUCCGCCAAUUCCCAAAUCUCGUGGGUUUUACUUUACAGUACAUUCACAAUCUAGAAUGAUUCCACAAUGUCCAUCUGGCACUACACCGCUUUGGGACGGAUUUUCACUGAUUCACAUUGUAGCUAAUGCAAAAGCACACGGACAGGAUUUAGGUGCCCCGGGAAGUUGUCUCAGAAGAUUCUCCACCAUGCCGUUCAUGUUCUGUAAUAUAAAUGAUGUAUGUGAUUUUGCACAAAGAGAAGAUUACAGCUUUUGGCUUUCAACGCCAGAGCCCAUGCCAAUGGCUAUGACACCGAUCCAAGCAAGGGAUGUGGGUUCAUACAUUUCAAGAUGUCAAGUAUGUGAAACCUCUACCAGAACCAUUGCGAUACAUAGUCAGAGUAAUACUCCGCCCUCUUGUCCUAACGAAUGGGAAGAAUUGUGGGUUGGAUACAGCUUCUUGAUGCACACGGCGGGCCCUGAUGCAGCAGGACAGAGCCUUAUAUCACCUGGUUCGUGUCUUCGCGAUUUCCGAACGCGGCCAUUUAUCGAGUGCAAUGGUUUAGGGAGAUGUAAUUACUUUGCAACCGCUGUCUCUUACUGGUUAUCAACAAUUGAAGAUAAUAGAAUGUUUUCGCGACCAGAACAACAAACUCUGAAGUUCGAUCAAGUCUCUAAAGUCAGCAGAUGUGCGGUUUGCAUGAGACGACGACCAGGGCCUGCAACUGGAUUCGCAAACCCAAGUGCUGGUGUUGAAGCUGUACCGAAUGCAGUAGUACGCAGACCAAUCCAGAGACCAAGAUAUCGACCAAACUAUGGUAGACAUGUUCGUGGUAGACGUCGUCAUUAA